GCAGCGGAAAUGUAACCUAACAAAAUGUUUUCUUGUCAAAAAAUUGUAACGGUCAUAACUGUUGCAGUAAAAGCACCAAUACGGGCUUUGGCAAGUGCUACAAAGUUAAAAAUGACCGACUGGAAAGUAGAAAAAGAAAAAUUCUUGUCUAUGUCCUUGGACGCUAAAAGAAAAUUGUAUGCCAGUAAGGAAUUCAAACAAAUAUCAGACAUCCCAACAUGGGAAGAAUAUGCCAAAAAAGCGACCCUCGCCUCACAAAUCCCUCGAAAGACUGACUUCCAAAUCGAUAGUUCUCUCAAUAGUUCUCUACGCAAAAAAGUUUCUAUUUUUCAGGGCGAUAUCACAACAUUAGAGAUUGAUGCUAUCGUAAACGCCGCUAAUACGUCCCUGUUAGGUGGCGGAGGUGUCGAUGGGGCUAUUCACAGAGCUGCAGGCCCCAAUUUGGUUGCAGAAUGCAAAACUCUCCAUGGGUGCCCCACUGGGGACGCUGUCAUAACAGGGGCUUACAAAUUGCCGGCUAAAUAUGUUAUUCACACAGUGGGCCCGAGGGGCGAAAAACCGGGACUCUUACAACAGUGCUAUAGAAAUUGUCUUAAAAUCAUGUGUGAGAAGAAAUUGCAAACUAUUGCUUUCCCAUGUAUUUCAACAGGGAUUUAUGGGUAUCCGAAUGAGCCUGCAGCCCACAUUGCUGCCUCAGAAGUGAGGAAGUUUUUGGAAAAUAACACUGAAGUUGAGAGAAUAAUUUUUUGUAUUUUUCUGGAGCAGGAUCAUGUGAUUUAUGAGGGGAUUUUGCAGUCGUACUUUCCAUUGAAUUAAUUGUUUUGAAAUAAAUGGUUCAUGUUA